AUGUCGCGUAACUCUAUCGCGAUGGGGUACAACAACCGUAUGAGCCAGCAAUUCCAAGGCACCCAGCACCAUGGUCGAGGUCGCAAGAAGGAAGACGAGAAUGACGCCCUCAUGCGUCUGCCCGAUAAAGAGAUUGCAGGAUGUAUCAACGACAUUGGUAUUCCGUUCAACCUCUCCGAUCUGGCUAAACCAAACCCCCAGCAAAUCCAGAUGGUGUUCGAAUGGUUUGCCGAGCUGCUCAUGAACACAACCCGGGAGACGGUGGAGCCUGCAAUGCAUGCAGCCGCAGAAGAUCUAUGUGGCGACUAUCCUGAUAUAGUUCCUAAUGAUACCCGUAAUCUUAUGGGUUUCUUUAUCAUGCUCCGAAAGCUGUUGGCUGAGUGCGGUGUCAACGACUUCACCUUCACAGAUUUGACUAAGCCGACACAUGAGCGACUUGUUAAAAUCUUAUCGUAUUUGAUAAACUUUGUUCGAUUCCGAGAAUCGCAAACAGCCGUGAUUGACGAACACUUCAACAAGACCGAGAAGACGAAAUCGCGCAUUGAGGAACUUCUUGCAGAAAACCAGGAAAUGGAAUUAAGGCUGAGGGAGAUGCGCCAGGACCUCCAGUCCAAUGAAGCGCAUGUGAGGGAGAAAGUUUCCCGAAACGAUGAGCUCAAGGCACGGUUAUUGGAACUGAGCCGGGAGCAGUCGCGAGUUGCAGAAACACUUGAUCGAGUUAAGACAGAAAGAGGUCGGCGGCAGCAGCAGUUGGAAGAGAAGACCGAACGAACCGUCCGUUCACGACAAGAAGCGGAGAAAUUGCGGCCUUAUGUGCUCGAAUCUCCCGCUACUCUCCAGUCAUCACUAGCUGAACUAUCUGAGAACCUGAUGCGUGAGAAAGCCUCUAUUGACGCGAUGGAGAGGCGAGCCCGCGCACUCCAGACAUCGUCGGACACGUUCACAGUUGUCUCCAACGAUGUACAGGGUUGCGUUAAAUUGCUCGAUGACAUUUCGACCGAACUGCAAAAAGAGGACGAAGAAGAGUCCCGAGCUGCUAGAACUACAGAGGCUAUCUCGGAUAGAGGGAAUAGCGUUCGCGAAGUGGAGCAAACCGAAAAGCUCUUGCAGCGUCAAAUGGCGCGUUGGGUCGAACGGAUUGAAACACUACAGAAGAAUGCACAGGAGAAAGCCGAACUUGCGCAGGCUCGCAUGGAGGAACUCCGUAGUGUUCAAAAACAACUUCGCGAUGAGCGUGCAGAAAAGCAACGUGAUAUGGAGCGGAGACGUAUUCGCAUUGAACAGACAGAGAAGAAGAUGGCUGACCUGAAGGAGAACAUCGAGAGCGAGAUUCAGUCGGCGCACGACCAGUACCUGAAACUCGAGUCACAUAUCAAGCUGUACAUGACGGAGAUGGAGAAGUCUUUGUGA